CCUAUUUUAAUAUUAAUUAUGAAUGAAGAAGAGACAUGCAACACAACACUUGGUAUUGGCAUUGGAGUAGGGAUCAAAAGGGAGAAGCAAUCAUCAAAGAAUAAUUACAAGAAGGGAUAUUGGUUAGACCUUUCAUUACCACUUCAUCCAAAGAUUGAAACCAGUGAUGAUCAUGAUUAUAAGAUCAAUGAUGACGACAAAGAGGCGCCGGAUCAAGACUCUUUUAGUUCUAAAAGUAUUGAUGAUCAAAAAGAAGACGAUAUAAGGUUGAAAAGAAGCGUUAGCAAUGCCAAUGCCAUGAAUAACAACAAUGAUGGAUCACGAAAGAAACUAAAACUCACAACGGAACAAACAACGUUGCUUGAACAUAGCUUUACAAUCCAUAGCACCCUUAAUACGGGGCAGAAACAAGAGCUAGCAACGAAGUUAAAUCUUCUUCCUCGACAAAUCGAAGUUUGGUUCCAAAAUAGAAGAGCAAGGACAAAGUUGAAGCAAAUUGAACAAGAAUGCGAGUUGUUAAAGAAAUGUUGUGAAAGCCUAAACGAAGAAAAUCGUAGACUGGAGAAAGAACUUCAAGAGAUUCGGUGUUGUUCAUUAAACUUUGAUCAUCACCAUCAACAGUCAGCGUCACAACCGCUGCUACCUCUAUACAUCCGGUACCCAACCACCACAACGACUCAUCAUCAUCCGUUUGAUAAGAUUGGAAAAUCCGACGACAAUGACAUGAAAACUGUAGCAGUCAUGAAUGGUGUCAACAUGGGCCAAAUGUAUGAUAAUGGUAAUUAUAAAGAACGCCAUUGAUGUUAAAUUGUUGUAGUAGGGUGAAACUACAAACGGCUUUGAUUAAUUUAAUAA